CAUGAAAAUGGUAGCAAUGCGUUGAAUCGGUGGAAAAUGAGGAUCACUAUUGCUUUGGAUGCUUCCCGAGGAAUAGAAUAUCUUCAUAAGUAUGCAGCUCCACUAUUUCUUCACGGGCACGUCAAGUCUUCCAACAUUCUUCUUGAUGCCACUUGGCUGGCAAGAGUGUCUGAUUUUAAAUUGUGUUUGAUGAGUCCAGAAGCUGAGCGUGAUUACCGACGAAUAAAGGUAGGAGGAACAGUUGGAUACAUUGAUCCUGAGUACUAUGAUCUAAAUACGUUGACAGCAAAGAGUGAUGUGUAUGGGCUGGGAGUUGUAUUGCUAGAGCUUUUAACAGGAAAGAAAGCUAUAUUCCUUGAUGGGGAAGAUGAAGUUACCUUAAGUGUGCACCGUUUGGUGGACUUUGCCGUGCCUGCCAUUUUGGAUCCUAGGGUUGGACCACCGGGUGUGAAUGAGAUAGAGGCAUUGGAGUUGGUGGCCCAAACAGCCCUCCAUUGCGUGAAUCGGAAAGGUAAAGAUAGACCAUCCAUGGCUGAUUUGUGAUCAGUUUGGAGAGAGCAUUGGCGAUCUGUUACGGUAGUUCUUAUCAUAUCAUUUAUGGGGGAUUGGAUUUUGAAAAUAUAGUUUGGAAAUAUAAAGGGAUAUGUUAGGGAUUUAUAAUUUUAUUUUAUAUGUGUAUUUUAUUUUAUUUUAUCCAACCUUUGCCCCGUCUAAACCAUAAUCACUUGGCUGGGCUAGUUGGGUUCUGUAAAGAGAAAGAUGAAAGGUUAUUGGUGUAUGAAAAGAUGAAGAAUGGGGCGUUAUUGGACAAGGUGAGCAGUGUAUUGAAUUAUUGGAGAAGGAGAAUCAAGAUUGAUUUGGAUGCAUUCAGGGGAAUAGAACUAAUCCCUAAUAAUUAAUCAAAACUAGAUGACUAUCAAUACUCUUUAACAAUCAGAUAAAAUGAAAAAAAAAAGAUAUAAUUAUUUCUUCCUUGUAAGUUUUGAAUUAACACCCAAAUUAUGAUAGAAUUGUCAUCAUAAAUUAUUUAA